CCUUGAUUCGAAAGCCCCUUAAAAACCUUCAUUUCUGUUACCUUGAGAUUUCGUAGAUAAAUUGCUUCUCUUUUCCUAUGGAUGACCAGAAAGCUUUCUCCUCAUCUAUGAAUGACCAGAAAGCUCUCUCUUCAUCUAAUGAUGGCCAACAAGCUCUCUCGUCAUCUAUGGAUGAUCAACAAGCUACUCUUUUUCCAUGGAUAACCAACAAAUUUCCUCUUCUUCUCUGGAUGGUCAACAAGAAGACAUUCCUCAACCGUAUGAUGAAUCGUGGUUUGACCUGACCAAUUCAUGUGGAAAAGAAUUUGAACUUCCAAAUGUCUUUGAUCCAAUGAGUCUAGAUUUGAGCAUUAACAGCAACAACUUGCUAGUCUCACCAUUCCAACGACUUGAUAUUCCUUGUGUACUGGAUGAUACAUUUGUAUUGGAGAUAACAGGUCCGUCUUCUGCAGGAAAUCAGUUGGUUUCUUUACCCCCGAUUGAGAUGGUACCUUCAGUCACAAAUACCUCUUCAGCAAUUGAUCAACAAGGUGGUAGUCUUAACUCUAGAAAAGAUUCUUCUGUGGAGUAUAGUUUUUCUGUUCCUAUAGCUUGCUUUCUGUCUAGUGGAUCUUCCAUUAUCAGCAAUGAAGAAGUUGGUGAUCCCGUUACAUCCUACAGACUUGGGUUUAGUGCAAAUGGAUUCGAGCAUGAUGGUUCAGAAUACCUUCCGAACUCCAACAGUAGAAUAGGAAUCACAUCAAAUCUCUCCAUUCUGAUGAAAAAGCAAGAAGCAAGCCCUACUCAUGCUCCCCUGUCAAAUGUUUGUGGUUCAGACAGUAACGAACACAAUUUUGGCACUAGUUCGUUGCAAGUUUGUCAGCCUUUAUCCUAUAAUGGUGAAGUAAGCUACUUUUCCCACAUGUCUCGGAUUAAUGGUGAGUUAAAAUACAUAUGCAAGGAUUGUCAGAAAGAGUUCUCUAACUAUAAUGCCUUUGGAGGUCAUAUGAGUUGCCAUGCAAAGGCUAGCAAGAUGAUUAAAAAAUUCUCCGGCCCAACAAACCCCUCGCAAAAGCACAAGAAAAUUUUUUCUCUAACUUCAUAA